CGAAUUGAAACACUUAAAGCAAAACAAAGGGUGACGUUGAGGUGUUUCGAUUGGGCGCCUAGGUCUUCCAUCGCGGCUUGAACAACGUUCCUGCAACUCCUCUCGAGAUCAAUAUAUCUGUACACACACACACACACGCACGCAUAUAAUAUCAGGGAGAGGGAAGGAAAUCAAGACGCCAUGACUGACUAUACGCAGGAGCAAGAUAUGGAAAUUGAAGCCCUGGAAGCCAUACUUAUGGAUGAUUUUAAAGAAAUUCACUCUAGUGAAAGUGGCUUAAACACUUCUAAUCGUUGCUUCCAAAUUACACUAUCUCCACAGGAUGAUGAUGCAGAUGAAGUGUCAGCAGCUCCAGUUCGCUUGGCUUUGAUUUUCUCACACACUGAGAAAUAUCCAGAUGAACCACCACUUCUGAAUGUAAAAAGUUUAAAAGGAAUACAAGCAGCAGAUCUUAAGGUUCUGAAAGAAAAGUUAGAACAAGAGGCAUCUGAAAACCUUGGUAUGGCAAUGGUCUAUACUCUAGUUACGUCUGCUAAGGACUGGCUAUGUGACAGAUUUGCUCAAGAUGAUAAUGAUGAGAAUGCUGUUGAUGUAGAGGCAGAAACAAAUGAUAUUAUUGUACCCCACGGAGAACCAGUUACUGUCGAUACAUUUCUUGCAUGGAGAGAGAGGUUUGAAGCAGAGUUAGCACUAGAAAGAGCAAAGUUAAUGCCCGAGUCGGCACUUGCACCCAAGGAAAAGAAGCUCACAGGCAGACAAUGGUUCGAGAGUGGAAGAGCAUCUAUGAAAGGUUCAGCUCCAAUUACUGAAGCAUCUGAUGAGGAACAGGAGGAAGACAUUGAUCUUGAUGAUGAGGACUUUGAAGAUGACGAAGACGACAUGUUGGAGCACUAUUUGGCUGAGAAAUCAGAUUCGUCCCGUUGAAACGAGUGUGCAACAUUACCGGCCACACCCGUGACAAGAUGUCACACCCGUGACAAGAUGUUUGUGACCAUCUCAGCGCUUUCUUCGCAUGCUCAUUCUGGAAUGGAGAGACAGAGAGAAGUUGCAUGCAUUUUUCUUUGAAGAAGCCACGACAACUUUGAGGUUAUAAGAUGUAUUUUUAGUACAAGGCAUGAGAUCUGGUUUGAGCAUUUGAUGAUAAUAAUAGUAUCUUUGAAAAAUGGUCCUGGAUUGUAAGAGAGAUCCUCUGCUUGAAAUGUAGUCCUAUAUGUUUUGUUGACUCAUUCACCAUCAAAAGGAAGGCCCAGUAUUUAUGAAAGUCUAUCUCGUCAUGCUAUUAGUGA